GGGUCGUGUGGUAAACGUCAUAAGCUUGUGGCAGCCGUGGAGCUGAGCGGAAACCCCUCCCGAAUCCCAACUCAACUCCUCCAGCCCCAGUCAAAGAAAGAGGAAUACCGAGGAAUCAGGAAACACGGACAAAUCCCACAAUACUCAAUUACAUAACAAUGCAGACCUGAGCGGUACACCCCGUUGAGUGAGAGAGAGAGACCGCGUGCCUUGCAAGUAAGAUGGGGUUCGGCCGGGACCUGCGGAACUCACACGAGGGUCUGAUGAAGCUGCAGGACUGGGAACUGAAGCUACUGGAGACGGUAAAGCGUUUCAUGACCCUACGGGUGAAGAGCGAUAAGGAAUAUGCCUCGCUCCUGCUCAACAUCAGCCAGCAGGUGGACAAACAUGACAAUUCCUCUCAGAUCGACUAUGUCAGCAGUGUCUCCAAGUCGUGGACUCACAUGGUGCAACAGACCGAGCAGUUAAGCAAGAUCAUGAAAUCUCAUGCAGAGGAGCUGAACUCCGGACCUCUUCAUCGCCUCACCAUGAUGAUCAAAGACAAGCAGCAGGUGAAGAAAAGUUAUCAAAGCCUCCACCAGCAGAUCGAGUGUGAGAUGAACAAGGUGACAAAAAGUGAACUUGAAAAGUUGAAAUGCACCUACAGGCAGUUAAGUAAGGAAGCUGUUUUCGCACGAGAAAAAUACAAGGAAGCUGCGGUAAAAGGAAAAGAGACAGAGAAAGCCCGUGAGCGCUACGACAAAGCCACCAUGAAGCUGCAUAACCUGCACAACCAGUAUGUGCUGGCAGUGAAGAGCGCGCAGCUACAUCAGGAACAUUACCACGAGACGGCGUUACCACAGUUGCUGGACUCUCUGCAGAAGAUGCAGGAGGAGAUGAUCAGAGCACUUAAGUGGAUUCUUGAGGAGUAUAGUGACAUCACAAGCCUGUUAACAGAUGAAAUAGUGAAGGUCCACAAGGAAAUACACACUUCCAUUGAUCAAAUCGAUCCUCCGUCAGAGUAUGACAACUUCAUCGAAGUUUAUAGAUCACCAGAAGUCAAAGAACCAAAUGUAGAAUUUGAUGUAACGCUGUUGGAGGAAACGGAGAGUCUUCAAGCAAAUGAAAUUCUGUGGAAUAAUUUGACUGCAGACAGUUUACAAGCGAUGCUGAAGUCCACCUCAGAGGACUUGCUCUUAGCCCAGCAAACUUUACGCUGCAAAGAGGACCUCAUGCUGGACCUGGAAAAGAAAAUCGAAGAAUCAGCCAGUGCCUACGAAAAGAAAUCAGAUGUGGUGUUGUUACUCAGUCAGAAACAAGCUCUGGAGGAGUUAAGACAGACCAUCCAGCUGCUGCGGUGCUCUGAGGCCAAACUGGUAGCACAGAGAGAUCUGCUGGAGCAGAAGAUGCAGGAGAACGAGGGUAAAGAACCACCGCCUGUGGUCAAUUAUGAGGAAGAUGCUCGCUCCAUCAACUCAAUGGAUAAAAGCAAGGACAAGAUCUCAAAGUUUGACACCAUCAGGCACUCAAUCGCCGGAAUCAUCCGCUCACCGAAAUCUGUACUGGGCUCCUCGUCUUUUUUUGACGUGAUCCCCACCAGUGAGAAACCGCUGGGCGAGCAGGAGUGGUAUCACGGGGCAAUUCCCAGGAUGGAGGCCCAUGAGCUGGUGAAGCAGCAGGGAGACUUCCUGGUGCGCGAGAGCCACGGCAAACCUGGAGAAUAUGUGCUGUCAGUGUUUUCAGAAGGACAGCGCAGACAUUUCAUCAUUCAGUUUGCUGAUAAUCAGUACAGAUUUGAAGGCACUGGCUUCCCCACCAUCCCACAGCUCAUAGAGCAUCACUACUCAACUAAACAAGUCAUCACCAAGAAAUCUGGGGUUAUCCUUUUAAACCCUGUCAUAAAGGAUAAGAAAUGGAUCCUCAAUCACGAAGACGUCAUUCUUGGAGAGCUCCUUGGCAAAGGGAAUUUUGGUGAGGUUUUCAAAGGAACAUUGCGAGAUAAAACCCCUGUGGCAGUAAAAACUUGUAAGGAGGAUCUACCACAGGAGCUCAAGCUAAAGUUCCUCUCAGAAGCCAGGAUCCUGAAGCAAUAUGAUCACGCCAACAUUGUGAAGUUAAUAGGCGUCUGUACCCAACGGCAGCCCAUUUACAUAGUAAUGGAACUCGUACCAGGCGGAGACUUUUUAUCGUUCCUACGAAAGAAAAAGGAGGAUCUUAAGACAAAACAACUGGUGAAGUUUGCAUUAGAUGCCGCUGGAGGAAUGGCAUACCUUGAGCUAAAGAACUGCAUACACAGAGAUCUUGCUGCUCGCAACUGCCUCGUGGGAGAAAACAACUUGCUGAAGAUCAGCGAUUUUGGGAUGUCCCGGCAAGAGGACGAUGGCAUCUACUCUUCAUCCGGCUUGAAACAGAUCCCAAUCAAGUGGACUGCACCAGAAGCAUUAAACUAUGGGAGAUACAGCUCCGAGAGUGAUGUGUGGAGCUACGGGAUUCUUCUGUGGGAAACCUUUAGUCUAGGAGUGUGUCCUUAUCCGGGAAUGACCAACCAGCAGGCUCGAGAGCAGGUUGAGAAAGGAUACAGAAUGUCGUGCCCGCAAAAAUGCCCAGACGAGGUCUACAGAAUCAUGCAACGAUGUUGGGAGUACAACGCCGAACAUCGUCCCAAAUUUGCCGACAUUCAGAAAGAACUGGCCGCUAUCAAGAAAAAAUAACCUAGAAUUAAGAAACGGACCAAGAAGCCAAACCCACCAUUCACAUCCAGAUGAUCCGUAAUCUACAGAGAGAAACGCAACAAACGUUUCGCCCUUUAAAUCACACGCCAUUAUCGUACUAAAGAGUUCUCGUCACAUAAUCACUGUGUGAACUGCCUAUGCACCAGCUGUUUUGAGCCAUUAACAUGGAGUUAAGGUCGACACUUUGCUCUGAUGUCAAUAUUAUGCAGAUUUCCCCUUGUCUUUUUUUUGUCUUGUAACUACCCACAGUUAAGCUAAGUAAGCUUUUGAUAGGUAGCAGUAAACCGUCGAGUAUUUCUGAUUGAAGUACAUCAUGUUGGGUGAAUUCUGAAAUUGGACUUCGUCCACCCGACAACAAAGGAUUUUUUUAAACGUCCUAAACAUGAACUCAUGUCAUUUUUAUUUGCAUUUGUGAAGUAAUAGGACCUUUUCGGAUAGAUGUUUGUAAACGAGUUCGCAAACAUAAGGACUUUUAUUGUGUUAAAUGUCAGCACUCAUCAAGCAAUAAGACCAAAUGCAUAGGAUUACCUAAGUGCAAUUUAUAAUGAACCGAAAUACUGCAGUCAGGCGGCCUUAGCAGAAAAACCAAACCGUUUGCCAGCUGCUUGCUCGCUCAAGUAUUGUGGACCAUUUGAAUGCCAUGGACACGACAUCCAUCGACUCAUUUAACAUUUCACCUCUUUGUGGUUCAUGUUAUUUGUUCACCCAAAGCUAAGAUGAUCAUGAGUUUGAGUUUUUCUUGCAUGUAACACAAAAAAGGUGUUUUGCAUUAUGUCCAAACUCUUUCGUUCUAUAUGGAAAUAAAUGGAGACUGGGGUGGCCGAGUUUCAAAACGAUAAAAGGAGUCAUAAAAGCUUCAUAUGAAAAACAGACCAAAAUUAUGCCUCGAUUGGAUCGUUUAAAACCCUUUGAAUUUUUGUCCUGUUUUCUGUAGAAAUAUCCAAAAAUUCUUAAAUUAGAUGCUUACUCUUAAUAAUACGUCUAGAUUUUAGACCAAAAAUAUCAAAUUGAAGUGAUUUUGUGCAUAAAACAAGCACAAAAAAAAUCUGCCAAUGUGGUAAGCAAAAAAAUCUUGAAAAUUUUUCUUAAACACUAAAUUCAAGAAUUUUUUUGCUUGUUUUAUGCACAAAAUCACUUAAAUUUGAUAUUUUUGGUCUAAAAACUAGACUUAUUUUCUUCAGUCUUUUUGCUCAUCAAGAAAAAGCAUCUUAAUUUAAGAAUUUUGAUAUUUUUACCGAAAACAAGACAGAAAUACUAAGAAAAUUUUUCUUGAAAAUCAUUUUUUGAAGUGUGGAGAAAUAUCCUUUAAAAAACUAAAUUUCUUCUUGCACUGCAAAAAAAGAUUUUCAAGAAAAAAAUUAUUAGUAUUUUUGUCUUGUUUUUAGAUUCAUUACUUAAGAUGCUUUUUCUUGAUGAGCAAAAUGACCCAAGAAAAUAAGUCUAGUUUUUAGACCAAAAAAAUAUCAAAUUUAAGUGUGCAUAAAACAAGCAAAACUUUAUUGAAUUUAGUGUUUAAGAAAAAUGUUCAAGAUUUUUUUGCUUGUUUUAUGCACAAAAAUCACUUAAAUUUGAUAUUUUUGGUCUAAAAUCUACACUUAUACUUAAGAAAAAGCAUCUUAAUUUAAGAAUUUUUAGAUAUUUUUACUGAAAACAAGACAAAAAUACAAAGAUUUUUUUUCUUAAGUCUUUUUUUGCAGUGUAAACUGUCGAGGUUCACUAAAGUCCACUGUAUGGAGAAAAAUCCUUAAAAAAAAACUACAUUUCUUCUUGCACUGCAAAAAUGAUUUUCAAGAAAAAAAUCUUGUCUUCUUGUUAGUAAAAAUAUCUAAAAAAAUUAAAUUAAGAUGCUUUUUCUUGAUGAGCAAAAUGACCCAAGAAAAUAAGUCUAGUUUUUAGAUCAAAAAAAUCCAAUUGAAGUGAUUUUGUGCACAAAACAAGUAAAAAAAUCUGCCAAUGGGGUAAGCUAAUUUUUCUUGAAAUUACUGUUUAAGAAAAAUGUUCAAGAUUUUUUUGCUUACCCCAUUGGCAGAUUUUUUUGCUUGUUAAAAUCACUUAAAUUUGAUAUUUUUGGUCUAAAAACUAGACUUAUUUUCUUGGUUCAUUUUGCUCAUCAAGAAAAAGCAUCUUAAUUUAAGAAUUUUUAGAUAUUUUUACUGAAAACAAGACAAAAAUACUAAGACAUUUUUUCUUAAAUAAUUUUUUGCAGUGUGACUUUAGAAAGAGAGACAUAAACAUAAUUUACUCAUGGGGGUGAUUAAAUUCUCAGGAUUUUUAAUUCAAGUGGAGUAAAACAUUGUGUGAAUAACAAACCAAAUUUAUCACGUAACAUGUAGACAUGCCAUGUGAAGAUGCGUCACCCCAGGUUUGAUGUGAUUUGGUCUUUUAUUGGAUGAAUUACGGUUUUCAAAUAUGUGUCUUCCAUGAAAUAAUUCAUACGGAUCUGAAACACAAUUUUUGGUUGAAUUAUUACACUGAUAUUUUCUAGACAUCACCUCAAGCUCUGUCCAAAACUUACUGUGGUUUCAAUCUCUGUUCAUGAAAAGGUGUUUCUGGUACCAAAGCCAGUCACAGACACGUUUAUUUGUAUCUUUUUGAUGUUAUUCUUGUGCUGUUGCUCUUAUGAUCAGGUUUUCUCUUCCAAACACCACACACACACACACGGAUAUGUAUUUACCCGCACAAGUAUUACAGGGUUGGCUAGACUGUUUUGUAUUAGGAUUUUUGUAAUCGUCUCCAGCCGUUUUCAUCAGGUGCCAUUGCUUUCCACGUUUGUCACUUUAACUUCUCACCAGCAUACUGCAGAGUUUUCCAAGUCACAUAAUUUUCUCGUUCCAUUUGCAUGACAAAAAAAAAUGGAAUAGUGGUUCCUUCGAGGUUUAUUCUCUAACAAGCAUUCCUUUUGUAUUUUGUAAAUACUUUUUGUAGAUUCAGUAAUGUAAGAAUUUUCUAGGUUGUUUGUUUUUUCACUGCAAAAACUAAUGUGGACGUCUAUCAGGAAUACGCCUCAACUUUCAUUGUGUCGUUUUACGACUUUAACAGUAGCGAUUGAAGACUGCUCUAAUAUUUGCACAUUUGGACGAUGUAAAGAGGAUCCCAUCGUGUUUCUUUCCAAAGAUGUUGCCAUUACUCUAACACAGACAAAAUUUCAUCUGUAAUCAUGCAAGUGGUGACAAUUCCUACAUAAAGCUACUGUAUAGUGCAGAUUUGAUUUAUUAUUCAAAAUGGGUUCUGAUAAAUGUUAUUGGUUGUUUUUUUUUUUGAGUGAAGCUGAGCUUACGUCAAUUCAACUACUGGUGAGUGAGCUCUUUCGAUUUGUUUCUUUUUAAUGUCAAAGCAAUUAUCCCUGUAGUGUGUUUGUUUGUUUUUUUAUUUAUUUGAAAUACUGUAAUAUUAUUUUAGCAUUUUAAUCGUUGAGCUUUUUGUAUCAUUUACCGUAACUUCUACUGUCAGUGUAUUAAAGCGAACGCCAGUAUUUCUCUCAACUUUUGACAUUUGUGUUAUUCUAUUGGGAAAAUAUUACGAUAAACUAUUUCCUUUUAGGCCCAUUUGUUAAGGUUUUAUUUUAUUGCAGUUCAUUUUCCCUGAAUUCCUAAACUCUGCUCUUUUCUGAACUAUUUAUUUCUAUGAUGAAAAAAUAUAUAUUGCACUUUUAUCCUUUUUAUGCUUUUAAAAACAUCCCCUUACAUACAUAUAUAAAGUUGUAAUGGUCGUCUUGAUUUGGUGAAAAUCUUGAACAAGAGUGGAAAAUCAACACUGGAAUUUUGAUCCUCAAACUAAUGCUUCACUCCACCCACCUAAAUAGGAAAUAUGCCAAGAUAAAUGGUUGACGUUUAAAUCUGAUCCUGUAUUCAUGUACUUUUUUCAUCCGUGUCUGUUCUAUUGUAGCACAUCUCUGAUGGACAUUCAACUAUAACAAUGUCUGCUUAUUGUUUAUAUUGUACACAUGCAAUAAAGUUUUUUUUUUUUUGAGUC